AACCAUGAGGAAUUGAAACCGCCGCUGAAUAACUGUUGUGAGUGACGCUAUAAACGGUUUUCAACGUAUUUAAAUAAUUGUUUUAUUUUUUAUUAAAUAUUUUUGUACCAUUUGAUGACUUAAAUAAUAUAUACAUAUACUUUAUCUAUUAAGUAAUUAUUAAUAGUACAAAAAAAUGAAGUCCACACGUCCUAAGCCACCUGUAUCAGCAAGAAAACCAUCAAGUCGACCUCGAUUCGUAAAUAUGACGUCGAAAGAUCCAGUACAAGUUUUUUGUCGUGUACGUCCGAUGCAAUAUCCAACUGACGUUUCUUGUAUGAAAAUUAUAUCUGAUCGAACAAUUGUGAUUACUCCACCAGAAUCAUCAGCAAAUUUUCGUAAUGCUAAUAAUAAGGAAAUCCAAACUACAUUUACUAAAGUAUUUAAACCUGAAACUUCGCAAAGAGAAGUAUUUAAUUGUACUGCUUUACCACUUGUAGAAAGUUUAAUUCAUGGGAAAAAUGGAUUAUUAUUUACUUAUGGAGUAACAGGUAGUGGAAAAACAUUUACAAUGACUGGUGAACAUCAAAAUGGUGGAAUAAUGCCAAGAUCUCUCGAUGUUCUUUUCAAUAGUAUUACAAAUUAUCAAGCUAAAAAAUUUGUUUUUAAACCAGAUAAAUUAAAUAGUUUCGACAUCCAAACUGAAGCUGAUGCCAUGUUAGAACGACAACAAGAACUUCAUGCUGGGUUGAUGACUCCAAGAAAUGGGAAGAUUCGAAUUAAAAGACAAGAUAGUGAUUCAGAUAGCAAUCCAACAGUUACAAGAGAGCCUGAUGAAUCACAAAUACUAAACGUUGAUCCCGAUAAUGCUUAUGCUGUUUUUAUAACAUACGUAGAAAUUUAUAAUAAUAGUGUUUAUGAUCUUUUGGAUGAUGAAGAUCCAAGAACAAAAACCCUACAGAGUAAAAUAGUCCGUGAAGAUGGUAAUAAAAAUAUGUAUGUUCAUGCUGUUACUGAAAUAGAAGUUAAGAGUGCUGAUGAAGCUUUUGAAGUUUUUCAACGUGGUCAAAGAAAGCGUAGAGUUGCUCAUACUGCAUUAAACGCUGAAUCUAGUAGAUCCCAUAGUGUGUUUACAAUUCGAUUAGUUCAAUCACCUCUUAAUAGUGAAGGAGAAAAUGUAAUAUCAGAAAAACGUCUCAUGUGUAUUAGUCAAUUAUCACUGGUUGAUUUGGCUGGAAGUGAAAGGACCAAUAGGACAAAAAAUACCGGACAAAGGCUACGUGAAGCUGGAAAUAUCAAUAAUUCUUUAAUGACUUUAAGAUCUUGCUUAGAAAUAUUAAGAGAGAAUCAAACUCAAGGCACCAAUAAAAUAGUACCUUAUCGUGAUUCCAAACUUACUCAUUUGUUCAAAAAUUAUUUUGAUGGUGAAGGAAAAGUUGAAAUGAUUGUCUGUGUUAAUCCACGUGCAGAUGAUUACGAUGAAACAAUUCAAGUUAUGAAGUUUGCAGAAAUGUCUCAAGAAGUUCAAAUAGCAAGACCAACUGCUAAUAAAUUAGAUAUUGGAUUUACUCCUGGACGUCGUCAAGCAAAUAAAAUAUUCAAAGAAGCAAGAAGUCGUUUAGAAAAAGAAGGUCGUACUGAAGCUGCUGAUCUUGAGAUAGAUUUAGGGCUAGUUUACAGCCUUGGUGGACCAUUCCCAGAAUUUGAUAUGACUAAUCCUCAUGAUGAUAAAAUUAUAACAACAUUAAUGCAAUUUUUAGAACAACGUAUAAAUAAUCGAAAUCUAUUACGUUCCGAUCUUGAGAAGAAACAGAAUGAUUUUCGAAAGAUGUUGUUAGCUAUUGAACAAGAAAAUAAUUUACUUAAAACAGAAAAUAUUUCACUAAAGGCUGUUAGUGCACAACAGAAAAAAACUCUUGAUGCACUUGGAAAUCAUAUCAAUAAAACUGAAACUCAAAUUAACAGUUUAUUAAGAAAGCUUAAUAAUGCUAAUGAAACUAUUAAAAAUUUGCAGCAAGAAUUGAGAGAUCGUGAUUUAGUUCUUAAUCAACGUUUGAUUGAUAAGCAAAAAGUUAAACAAAAGUAUAAUUAUAAAAUGCAAGCAGAAACAGACAAAAUGCAUCGUGAAUUGGAAACUAAAUUAAAACAACAGCAACAGAAACUUCAUGAUCAAAUGAAAGAAAAAGAUAACAAACUAAAAUUAAUGAAGCAAAUUCUUGAUGAUGAGGGAAAUGUUAUUUCUAUCAAAGAAAGUCAAGAUUUACCAGUAAAUAAUGAUAUUAAACAAAAAUUUACACCACAAACACCCAAUGAUGCUCGAUCUCGGAAAGAUCGUGUUCCAGUGGCUAAUCUACGACACAGACGAUCGCAAAGUGCAGAUCGUUGGAUUGAUCAUCGACCAGGCGCUUUAGUCCCUACAGGAACAGUACUUCAGCCAUUAAUGCGCAGACGAAGAAGUGUUACUAAGCUUACAAGUCCAAAAGAAAUUACUGAUGGUGCAUCUAGAUAUUUAUUAGUAGCCCAAGAACAAGACACAGAUGGAGAAUUAGAAACUAAAUUAUAUAAAGCUGAUAUUUUACCAACAAGUGGUGGUGGAGCACAAGUUGUUUUUAAUGAUGUUGAAUGUCUUAAACAAUUGUCACCCGUAAGUAAUAGAAAAAGGAGCGGUACAAGUGACGUUCGGGAAUCCACAGAUCCUGAUAACAAUUUAAUUACUGAAACUAAAAGACCAAAAGUUGUUAAAUAAAUAUGACAUCAAGAAAUAAUUAUAUUUUAUACACAAAAAUUUAAUUUACUCUCUUUUUAGUUUUCUGCUGUGUACUUAUGUAUAAUUAGUUCUCAUACAUGAUACAUCUUUUGUUUUAUUUAUUCUUUUAUAAUCAUAAUUGAACAUUUUAAAAUAAUUAUCUUAUUCAGGGAUAUCAUUCUCUGUUCUAUUGAA